UUGGUCGUUCCUCUUCGGUCGUCUCUGAUUACAGAAAGAAGAACAACGCUUGAAUGGUUUGUUCAUAUUCCUGAUCCUGAAUUUGUUUUUCUUGGCGAAAUAUGGGUGAUCAACACAAGUAUUUGAAGAAACGAAAGAAGAAAGAAGUGCGAGGUGACCCGGAAGAACCCACUAAAGAAGAAAACGAAGUAGGAAAAUAUCUGAGAUGGAACUGUCCUUCAAAGCCGUCAACGUUGAUGGGUGAAAAAGUUGAAUAUUUCAUCGGAUCUAAGGCCAUAGAUUGUCUGAUGGAUUCCAAGUGGGCAUCUGGUACAGGAGGAACUGAGAUAUUGUUUACAGACCGUGUAUCUGUGGAGAUGUAUCUGGAUAGGUUGUUGAUGUUGGGAUUCUUUAAUCGUGUCUUUCGACAUAAGAAAGUGAAGAAAACGAAAGAAGAAAAAGAAAAAGAAAAGGCAGAAAAAGAGAAGGAAAAGGAAAAGGAAAACGAGAAAGGGAGUGCAAAGGAGAAAGAUGAAUCAGAAGGCAAAAGAUCAAAGAAGAGACUUAAAAAAGAACACUCAGAAGAAGGAAAAAAGGAUGAUGAUACUACUGAAGAAAGAAAACCAAAAGCAACAGAGGGAAAUGCAGAUGGUGAUGGGAAAAAGAAGAGAAAGGUGAAAGUUAAACUGGAGCUACAUGAGGAUCAGAUAUUUGUUGACGAUGAUGACGAGGCAUAUGUGUGGAGAUUUGAUCCGCUUCAUCCUAAGACCUUAAUCUUGGGAAUUUUGGUUGUGAUUGGUACCAUUGCUAUCUGCCUGUUCCCUUUGUGGCCCAGUAAGAUCCGAGAGUAUGUUUGGUAUCUGAGUGUGUUGGCUUCAAUUGCUGUCGGCUCCAUUUUGGUUCUUGCGCUUUUGCGUUAUGUUUUCUUUGCAAUUGUCUGGGUAUUAACGGCAGGAAAGCACCAUUUCUGGCUUUUACCGAACCUUACGGAAGAAUGCGGCUUCUUUGAGUCCUUUGUUCCACUCUACACGCACGAAUAUAAAGGCAACAAGCCUGUAGAAAAACAAACUGGAAACGAAACGGAAAAAGACAAUGAAAACAUAGAGGAGAGAGAAGACGAAGAAGAUGCAAAACAGGACAAGAAAGACGAGAGCUCUGAAGAAAAAGAACAACUUGACAAGGAGCCAUGGGUCACGUUAACAGAAGAAGAAGUAGCUACAGCAAAAAGCGAAGUGGACAAAGAUCUUGAGGAUUUAAAUGACCCUUCAGUUUCUGAAGUGAAAUGCUGAAUAUUACGAUCAAAUAUUGGAUUUUAUUGUGUAUACAGAAAAACCCAUGACUUGAAAUUACCAUACUGCUGACGUUACCAUUCAAAUACUAUGAUUUAUGUAAUUACUACGAAAACGUAAUUGGGUAAUUAAUAAACUAAUUUGUUUGCGCGGUGCUGUUAAUGAGAGAAAAUCACUUUAUUUACCUCUGCGAGGGAGAACUCAUUUUGCGGGGCAACGUGGCGACUGGUAAGAAAGUGUAACAUGUCAGAACAGUUGUUGCAUUUGUUCAUUUGCGUUUGAACAAUUUGUUUUCAUUCAUUGUUUGAAAAAGUUAUCAAAUUUAUUUCUGUGGAUUACGUAGAAUCAAAUGCCUUGGUAUACGAAUGUAAUUAAAAUAUUUAACUGCC